AUGUCUACUCCAGCCGCAGAGACUCAGUAUUACCAUCAUGGCCGCUUCAAGGUAGCCGGAGGCGUCAUCCCAGAUGCUGUCACUGCGUACAGAACUUAUGGCGACCCCAAGAACCCCUGCAUCGUGUUCCCCACCUGCUACGGAGGCAAGCUUGCGGACCAAGAUUAUAUGAUCGGAGCGGAUAAGGCCCUGAACCCCGAGAAAUACUAUGUCGUUACCUUCGCUCUGUUCUGUAACGGAGAGUCCUCUUCGCCUUCCAACACGCCUGCGCCGUACAACGGCCCCUAUUUCCCGGCCGUCACAUACGAAGACAAUGUUCGCGCUCAACAUGCUGUUCUUACGAAGGAACUUGGGAUACAGAAGGUGUUCUGUGUAAUCGGGUUCUCGAUGGGAGGCCAACAGGCUUAUUACUGGCCUGUGAUGUAUCCUGAUGUUGUUGAGCGAUUCGUCUGUCUCUGUGGCUCCGCUCGUACCAGUCCUCACAACCAGUGUUUCCUCGAAGGACCAAAGAUAGCUCUGACUGCCUCAAGGGACUUCGAUGACGGUCACUAUAAGACUCAGCCUCAUCACGGCAUGCGCGCAUUCGGGCGCGUCUACAGCGCAUGGGCCUAUGGGCAAACCUGGUACCGCAAUAAGCAAUACCUUCACGGUGGAAAAUACCCCGACCUGAACGCCUUCAUUCGAGAGGAUUGGGAAGCCGGUUUCUUGGAGUCUUGGGACGCGAACGAUAUGGUCGCACUCCUCAAUACAUGGCAGCAAGGCGACGUUUCCCUCGUUCGACACGGCGGCGACUACGAGCGGUGUCUUUCGGAGAUCACUGCGAAGGGCUUGAUCAUGCCGUGCAAGACUGAUUUGUACUUUCCGCCCGAGGAUAGUGAGAUCGAAGUAUCGCUGAUGAAGGAUGGAGCGGAACUGGCAGUCAUUCCUUCUGUCUGGGGACAUAUGGCCGGAGGAGGGAACAAUCCUGACGACGAUGUAUACAUCAAGGAGAAAAUUCACAAGUUCUUCGAGUCCGCGUGA